AUGUUUAGCCUAGUAAAAGUUUUUAAUAAAAUAAACUUAAAUUGUUUAGAUUUACACCUGUGUACAGCUCAAUCCGGUCUUAUAUUUGUUCGUGGUUUAAAGGAAAAACGUGUUUUUGUCGAAAAACCUAAACCUGGAAAUGGACAGCAAUUUAGAAUAAAGGUACAUUUUCCAAGUGAGUACACAAUCGAACCAUUGGAUGUUACCCAUUUAGGAGGACGAGAUCCGGUGACUGGUCGUAAGGUUUGCGAAGGAAUAGGAGGUGGGAUAAAACAUAAAUAUCAUUGGAUAAAGUGGAUGCGUGACGGACCUUCAGACGAUGUUCCCCCUCAGGAAGAAAAAGUCAUUAAAAUAUUUCGCUCUCCUUACAGAACUGCUUUCGUAGCUUUAGUUGCUGUUAAAGAUGAAAUGAAAUAUAUAUUGGCUACUGAAAAUAUGAAAGAAGGCGAUAUUAUAAAAACUUCAAAGUUUUUACCAAAAAAUCCUGUAAAAGCCACAGAAGGAGAUGCUUACCCUCUGGGGGCUUUGCCCAUCGGCACAGUAAUUCACAACGUCCAAUUAAAUCUUGAUAGUGAAUAUACUGUCAUUCAUUCUGCCGGAUCCAGCGCACUCAUUAAAAGACAUUUAGGAUCAGAAAUUGUUGUUCAACUUUCAAGCAAAUUGGAAAUGGCAAUUAACCCCUUGUGCAUGGCCACAGUAGGAAGAUUAUCAAAUGCUAUACACGGUUCCACUCCGAUAGGAAGUCCAAAUAAAUUAAGGGAACUCGGAUAUCGUCCCAGAUCUGGUUUGUGGCAUAGGAAAACUGGAAUUCAUGGUAGAAAAAUAAAACCGUUGCCUCCCGUUCAACAUUACAAAAGUCCUCCACCUCCAGUGGAAUAUAUUCGUUGUACUCACAAUAGAUAUAAAAUAUAA